AUGGCUUUUGGAGAGGAAAGCGCCGCGCACGAAAGUCCAAGUGCAGCUCGAGUGCUGACAGCGGUUGAGAAGGUCUUGGAUGAGUGGCUUGUUUGCUGCCGCCCUUUUUUUUUGGUGACUGGUCUGCAUCGAGCAGGAGCAAGGAAAUUCAUUCAGGACAAGAUCUGCAAAGGCGACGCGGAGGAGUGCCAGCAUGUUCGGCAAUGGCUGCUCCUGCGAAUGAAUGGCCGCGUUUGGGAACAUGGUAUUCCAUUGAUGUGCCGUUCCGCAGAGAAUGUGCCCGGACUUCGAAGCAUGCCAGUGUGGCCAAGAGAGGAGACAGCUUGGUUGAGUGCUGUGGAGGCACGACACUCCGAGAUCCUGGCCGAACUGAUGGCUGUGAGGAAGACGCCGGAGCUCAGCGGCUUUCAACCCUACCGAGAUCCAGUCCAUUCCCAGGGACGACCUGCAGCCGACGGGCUGGGAGUUGAAGGCGUUGAUCGGGGAAUGUGGAAUGUGCUCUACCUCUUCCUGAACCACAAACAAUUUGAGGACAAUUGCCUGCGCUUCCCGAAAACCAUCGCUGCCAUCCAGGAGGCAUUUCCAAGGCACUAUUCCCAUGCCUUUUUCUCGGCUCUGACUCCUGGCUCCCAUAUCCUGAAACACAUGGGACCCUCCAACCGGAUGCUACGAGUUUGGUUGCCCCUUUGCGGUUUCGACAAGUUCAAACUCCGGGUUGGGGACCAGAUUUUGGAACCUAAAGAAGGAGAAGCAUUUGUUUGGGACCAUUCCUAUGAGCACGAGGCGUGGCACGAGGGGUCGGAGACUCGAAUUGUGCUGAUCGUGGACAUUUGGCAUCCAGAUCUCUCGGAUGCGGAGGUGAAGUUCCUUCGAACCCUUCAGAGUUGUCGACUUCGUGCUGGGAAGGCCUUAGCAGAGAUGGAGGUCCGAGAACCACACGUGCGGAUCUCAGGCAGAUAG